AUGGCUCAAUCUGAUGUGACCGUAGAGGUAGUACAAGCAGAAGAAGCUGAUGAAGAUUUUGAAAAACCAAGUAUCUUAACAAGGUUUAAGAAUUUCUGUAUGCGAAAUUACCUAGCAAUUGGAAUAAUAUUGUCCAUAAUCAUCGGAAUAUUUCUUCCUCAACCUGCAGUCUAUCUCAGCCAAAGAAUGCCAGUUGCAAAAAUUUGCAUCAUUGUUUUCUUUCUCACCAUUGGGGUACGGAUACGUCUUGUUGAAGCAAAGUCUUCGGUCAAAUUUUAUAAAGAGGUCGUCGUUGGCUUGCUUUUGGUCCUGUUUGUUGGUCCAAUUUUUGCAACAAACGUACUGAACCAGGUCCCAAACUUUGGUUCAUUAAUUGGUGAUGAGCAGAAUUUGAGAAACGUACAGUUCGAAUUCCUCCGAAGAAAGACGGACAUGCUACUAUCCAACAUUACCCUUUGUGUUGAAGAGGUCUCGGAUUGUCUAAAUUCCCUGGACACAACAAAAGCCUGCGGCCCAGAAGGGAUACCCUCUAGGCUCUUGAAGGAAUGUUGUCAACAAAUUGCACCAAGUCUUUGUACCAUCUUCAACCACUCUCUCAUUUGA